AUGAAGCUUUUUUGUUGGAACAUUCGCGGGGUUAAUGGAGCGGCUAAACAACAAGCUGUUCGUGACAUCAUCCGCACUCAUCGACCAAAAAUUGGAAGCUUGAUAGAAACCAGAGUUCGUGAUCAGUCUACCGCCAGCCGUAUUGCUCGAUCCAUCGCCCCUUCCUGGAAUUUUGCUCAUAAUUAUACAACUGCCGAAUUGGGAAGAAUAUGGAUUCUCUGGGAUCCAGCUCUUGUAGUCAACAUUUACUCAGCAUCGGCGGAAGCAGUCACUUGUGGUGUGUUUGACCCAGCUCUUGGAUCCUACCUCACUGUCACCUUUGUAUAUGGACUGAAUACUUCCUCGGAACGAAGACACCUUUGGCAGGAAAUUUCACUGAUUGCAUCGCACCCUCUAGUGCCGGCUAAACCUUGGGUCCUAAUGGGGGAUUUUAACCAGGUUUUGCGGCCCCAGGAACAUGCCUCCCCGACGGCACGAUUUCUUCCCCACCAGGGAAUGGUCGAUUUCCAGAAUUGUCUCCUAUCAACAGGUCUGUUUGACUUACCCUCUAAAGGGGCCUAUUUUACUUGGACAAAUUGCAGUAUGGAGAACCCCAUAGCCCGGAAACUGGAUAGAGCAUUGGUCAAUGACACGUCUCUUCUAGCAUACGCUGAUGCUUAUGCUUUCUUUGAUGCUCCGGCACCAUCGGAUCACUCGCCUUGUAUAGUGGACUUUCAACGGAGUCGAAUGGAACACCGGAGAACUAGCUUUAAGGUCACUAUGUUCAAGGUCUCAAUAAAACUCAAGCGGUUGAAAAGCGUGUUGAGGCACCUUAAUCAACAAGCAUACAGUGGAAUACAGCAGAGAUCAGCUAGAGCAUUAGAGGAUUUAAAAGCUGCCCAGAAUUUACUUCUCCAAAACCCAUCCCUGGAGGCUGCAACCGAGGAAUCUAGGGUUCGCACGGCUUGGUCUGUCUUUUCUGCUGCAGAGGAGACCUUUCUCAAGCAGAAAUCUCGGAUCCGUGAUCGGGUUCAUGACACCAUUGAGCUUAAAAGGAUGUCGAUCCAAUAUUACAGAGACAUCUUAGGGAAGGAGGAUGAUGGACUAUCUUGUUGGACGACUGAGGACAUACAGGAUCUAAUCAACAUGACUGGGACAUCAAGCCUUACGGCAGGGCUUGUGGGGGGUGAGAUCACUGAGGCUGUUAAGGAAUUUUUUACUUCGGGUUCAUUGCUCAAACAAUGGAAUGCGACUCUCAUUACCCUGAUCCCCAAGACCAAGAACGCAGCUCGGUUGAAAGAUUAUAGGCCGAUUUCCUGUUGUAACACAUUGUACAAGAUUAUCUCCCGUAUCUUGGCCAAGAGAUUACGACAGAUUACACCGGCACUCACAUGCCCCAACCAGGUUGCUUUUGUUCCUGGACGGUCCUUGCUUGAAAACGUUUUGUUAGCUACGGAACUUGUAUCUGGAUUUGACAGGAGAGGCCAACCGCGACAAGCUAUGGUAAAAGUCGAUCUAACCAAAGCUUUUGACAUGGUCCACUGGGAUUUUGUUAUACGAAUAUUGACCGCACUACAACUUCCGACAAGUCGUUUGUUGAACAAAAGGGUUGAACAUGGGCUGAUCUCUCUGCCUCCUAAAUGUCGGAACCCAGUAGUCUCGAACCUGAUGUUUGCUGAUGAUAUCUUGUUGAAUAAGGAGAAAACGAGUCUCUUUAUAGAUGGCAGCGAUGAGAAUCUUGGGUUGCAACUGUCUACUAGCUUGGGAAUUGCACAAGCCAAUCUCCCAGUGCGAUAUUUGGGGCUUCCGCUCUCGGGGAAGCGUAUUACGGAGCGGGAUUGUGCUAGGCUCAAGGACUCGGUGCGUGGGAAGUUGUUCUCAUGGACAACUAGAUUCCUUUCUUUUGCAGGGAGGCUGCAACUACUCAAAUCCGUAACAUACAGUGUGAUCAACUUCUGGGCUUCGGCAUUUGUAUUGCCCCGACACUGCACGAAUGAGUUGGAACGUAUGUGCUCUGCUUUCCUCUGGACAGGGGCUCCAGUGACAGCCAAAGGAGCUAAAGUGGCAUGGAGUACGGUUUGUACACCUAAAUCAUCGGGCGGGCUGGGACUCAGACGCUUGGCCCAGUGGAACUCUAUAUUGACCCUUAAGCUAUUGUGGAUGCUCUUUACAAAGAGUGGAUCUCUAUGGGUCGCCUGGACAAGACAACACAUUCUCUCGCGGAAAUCCUUUUGGGAUCUAAAGAAUGAGAACAAGGGGACCCUUGAUACUGUACUUGGGGGAGAUGGGACCGAGGCUAGUCGGGAUCCACCGACAAGCUACAGUGAGAGAAGCAUGGGGAAAUGA